UGAUCUGAGCUUGUCGAGCAUGGGGAAACGCUGGUGGAUGUCGAUGAGCCAUAUUGUGCCGUAACCUCUGGUCAAACAGCUUUCCACCCGACACCACACUUUUCUUCCGUCAACAACACUCAGUCGCCCGUUCACCCCGUGUAUACUCAGACAUAUGGCAACACCAGUGCGACACAUGCAGGAGCCUUCAGUAUGGCAGAAGUGUGAGAUGGGUGCCCUCAUGGGAGGAGGCGUCGGUCUGACGAUUGGAUUCAUCUUCGGUUCGUAUAGCAUCCUCAGAAACGGAGCAGGACCAAGAGGAUUCUUGGCUACGCUCUCUCAGUACAUGAUCAGCAGUGCAGCAACAUUUUCGUUUUUCCUUGCUAUCGGUUCUGUCAUUCGGAAUGAGGGAGAUAUUCCUCCUCAUCUGCAACCCUUAUCGAUGCAGUUUGCUUCCCCUCUCGUACGUUCGCGCUACGAAGGGGCUAUGCGCAUGCGAGCACGCUGGGAGGCAGAAAAAGCUCGACAACAAUCGGCGGAUUCAUGAUCAUCUCACUCGGCUACUUCGACUAUCGUCAAUACAUGUAAGAGCCUAUUGGCGAACAGUCAGUGAGUGAUGUCAAGUAAGACUACAGAUAUGUGCGUGCGUGCGUGCGUGCGUUGCAUUAUCGUGAAGAUGCGAUGAUGAUGACAUUUAUGUACGUGGCAUGUGCAUAUAUCAUGAGCGAUGGAUGAUUAUGCAUCCAUAACUUAGCACGAGCGUCCCGCGGC